AUGAGUAGCUUAUUUUCUAAAUUUGUAUCAUUUGUAAUGGAUGACAAACCUCCACCUUAAAAUUCAAUUAUGAAUGCAUUUAUAAAUAAACCAUAAAAAGAAAAGAGUGAAAGUGAGAAUUCCGAUGAAGAUUCAAGUAAUUCAGAACAUGAGGCCCAGAAUUCAUAAGAAGAAGAAGAUGAGGAGGAUGAAGAGGACGACAAUGAAAAUGAGGAAGAAGUGGAAUAUUAUGAAGAAAGCUAAGAAGAAGAGGAGGAAGAAAACUCAUAAAAUGAGUGUAAUAGUAAAUCUGAAAAGAGUUCUAAUGAUUGCAAUUAAUGUCCAGAAGAGGAAGAUGAAGUAGAUAAUGAUUUAGAAUUGGAAUCAUGGUAUUGGAAUAAAUUAUAACAAGAUAACUAAUAAAAAGAAAUUUAAAAAUAACUAUUAGAUAUUACUUUAAAUUAACUAUUGCAUUCUGAAACAUAAAUACAAUCGCACCAUUAAUAAAAGUACAAUGAAGUUAUCGACUCUAUAGAUGAUCCUUAAUUCCAAUUAGAUUAUAUCAAUUUUAUUUGGCAUGAUAUAUCUGAGUCUCAAAUCUUAGUAAAGCAUGUAGAAUUGUUGUGCAAACACAAACCCGAACAGGUACCUAACUUUUUAAGAUCUGGUAAAUAUCCAAUCUUCGACUCUAUUUAUUUGACAAAAGCUUAUAAUAUUUAUGAGGGAACUGCUAUCUUAUUAGAGAAGAUGAACAAGGUGGAUGAAAGCAUUUAGAUUUAUUUAGAAUUCAUGGAUGAUCUAUUGAAACGUUAUCUAAGAGAGGUGGUGAGAUUGCCUGUAUAAAUAUCCAAGAGGAAGAAACCAUAUUUAAUAAUUAAUAAUCUUAGUCAAUUAAUCUCUACUCUAUAAUAGCUAUUAAACAAUAUGAAAAUACUUCUAGAUAACAAUAAGUUGCACAACAAUAUUGAUAUUUUGUAUUUUUAAGUAUUCAAUCAAAUUAUCGAUUGGUAAUAAAUGUUGUAUUAAGCUUAUAAAUUAGACAAUACAAAAAUUGAAAUAUUAACGAUCAUCAAUCAUUUUAGAACGAAUACUCCUGAGAUUCUAAUUAAAUUGUUGUAUUCCACGGAUGUUGAGUUAUUUAUUGAUGAAUUGAUCAAUAAUUACUCGAAACUAAAUUUAGGAUUUCAAUUUUAUUGUUUCAGAGCUGUUUUCUUGGAUUUCCAUUGUUAUUAGCAUAUUCUAAGGCUUGGCAAUAUUGAAAUUAAUAAAACAAAUACCCUAAUAAAGGAUAUACUCCAUAAAAAUAGAAAUUAAGGCAAGAGAGUUGAAAUAAUAUGUUAAUAAUGCUAAUUAUUAGGAAACAUGAUAAUUGAUUAGAUUGGAGGUUAUAAAAACAGUUAUUUAUAGAGAUAGAAAAUGUAGUGA